CGUGCCAUUGCCACAGUAUCGCGUAAACCACCGAGUUGGUUUGUGGGUUCACUAUUGGAUUUUCGUCCGGAGUCGGAGGUUGAUAAGCUUUUUACCGGUAUCGCAGAGCUAGGGUCAUCAUGAUACUGAAAAUGUUUCGCAAAAAUCUGCGCCUUAUCGCACAACAAAUGAGCACACACGGCGCAAAUCGAGCUGCCACGCAGAAAUGGUCCCCAUCGGUGAGAAGAAUUAUUGGAGGCAGUAUUGGCGCAGGAGGUGUUGCUUUCGCGGCGUACUAUUGGUCCACCCGAGAUGAGGUUCAUAUGGCUGCAGCCGGUUCCGUCAACCGAUUUGCAGCGGUGUCACGGUACAUGACCGAACCGAUCACCGAUAGGAGAGUGCUAGACGAGCAUCGCCAUGACAUGAAGUGCCGUAUGGAGGAGCUGGUGAUGAAGAUACAGCACGACUUUUGUCGGGCACUCGAGGCCGAGGAGUCUUUUGGGAAGAAGUUUAGCGUUGAUCGGUGGGAAAGAAAGGAGGGCGGCGGUGGCAUUACCUGUGUCUUGCAAGAUGGUGAAGUAUUUGAAAAGGCCGGUGUAAACAUUUCGGUCGUCCACGGUAAUUUGCCGAAGGGCGCCAUUCAGCAGAUGAGAUCACGCGGCAAACAGUUCGCCGACGGUGAGCUUCCCUUUUUCGCGAUCGGCGUGAGCUCUGUAAUACAUCCUCGGAAUCCGAUGGUACCAACGAUUCACUUUAACUAUCGGUACUUUGAGGUAACGGAUUCGGCAGGUCAGAAGCAGUGGUGGUUCGGCGGAGGCACAGACCUGACACCGUACUACCUGGACGAGAGCGAUGCCAAACACUUUCACCGCGCUCUGAAGGAAGCCUGCGAUCCGCACGAUCGCUCCUACUAUCCGACGUACAAGGAGUGGUGCGAUAAGUAUUUCUUCAUUCCGCACCGCAACGAACGCCGAGGGGUGGGAGGCAUCUUCUUCGACGAUCUGGACACACCGGACGCGGACCGCGCCUUUGAUUUUGUGUCUUCCUGUGCCCACUCAGUUAUUCCGUCCUACCUGCCGUUGGUUCGUCGGCAUAAGAAUGACGCCUACGGCGAUCGGCAACGCCAGUGGCAGUUGUUGCGCCGCGGGCGGUAUGUCGAGUUUAAUCUCAUUUACGAUCGAGGCACCAAGUUCGGACUUCACACGCCCGGUGCUCGGUUCGAGAGCAUCCUCAUGUCAUUGCCACUGACCGCGAAAUGGGAGUACAUGCACGUGCCAGCUGAAGGAACGGAGGAAGCCGCCAUUGUUGAGGUACUCAAAAACCCCAAAAACUGGUUGGCAACGUAGGUGGCACUUGGCACUCCGGAAUAAAAGUGUUGCAUGAACAAAUUUAAGCCCUUUUGCAGUAUAUUAAAUGUGAUCGUGUCUUUUAAUUUGUUCCAAAUUGUACAGAUAAACGUCUUCCUAUGAUUCGAAUGCUGACAGAGUGAAGUUGAAGAGUAUGCUAGGGAUUGUUAA